UCUAUAAGAACGCACUCCAAGGUGGAACCACUUUUAGUGCCAGUCGAUCACCAGGAGGAAUAGAAUGAAUACAUUGAGCAGCGCGCGAUCGGUGGCGCUUUUCGUAGGCCCCAUUCGAUCUCUAAGAUCAGCCUCCGCUUUAGCACCAGAUGCAGCUAAAUCUGGCGUAUCCGAGGAGUACAAGAGCUACGAGCAGAUUCCGCGCCCCAACAAAUUCAAAUUUAUGAGGUCUUUCAUGCCUGGUGGUGAAUUCGCAAAUGCAUCGCUCACGGAAUACACCGCUGCCAUGCGAAAGCGCUAUGGAGAUAUCUAUAUAAUGCCGGGAAUGUUUGGCCGCAAGGAUUGGGUCACCACUUUCAGCACAAAGGACAUCGAGAUGGUGUUCCGCAACGAGGGUAUCUGGCCACAUCGCGAUGGUCUGGACUCCAUUAUAUAUUUCCGCAAACAUGUUCGACCAGACGUCUACAGUGAGGUCCAAGGACUGGUGGCUUCCCAAGGCGAGGCUUGGGGUAAACUACGAUCAGCACUGAAUCCAAUCUUCAUGCAACCCAGGGGCUUGAGAAUGUACUAUGAGCCCCUGUCGAAUAUCAAUAAUGAGUUCAUAGAGCGCAUUAAGGAAAUCCGCGAUCCGAAAACUCUGGAAGUUCCCGAGGACUUCUCGGAUGAAAUAAGCCGGGUGGUCUUCGAGCUACUCGGCCUGGUGGCUUUCGAUCGGCAAAUGGGUCUGAUUAGAAAAAACCGCGAUAAUGCCGAUGCAUUAACGCUCUUCCAAACCUCCAGAGACAUCUUCCGGCUCACAUUUGAGCUGGACUUCCAGCCCUCCAUGUGGAAGAUUAUAUCAACGCCCACCUACAGGAAAAUGAAGCGAACCCUGAACGACAGCUUGAACGUGGCCCAGAAACUGCUGAAGGAAAAUCAGGAUGCACUGGAGAAGCGUCGUCAAGCGGGCGAAGAAAUAAAUACUAACAGCAUGCUACAGCGAUUAAUGGAGAUCGAUCCCAAGGUGGCGGUGAUCAUGGGUCUGGACAUACUUUUCGCUGGUGUGGAUGCCACAGCCACACUCCUUUCGGCUGUUUUACUCUGUCUCUCGAAACAUCCGGAUAAGCAGGCGAAGCUGCGGGAGGAGCUCUUGCAAAUCAUGCCCACCAAGGAUGCGCUGCUCAACGAGGAGAGCAUGAAGGAUAUGCCAUACCUGCGGGCUGUGAUCAAGGAGACGCUGCGAUACUAUCCCAAUGGCCUGGGCACGAUGAGAACGUGCCACAAUGAUGUCAUACUUUCGGGUUACAGGGUGCCCAAGGGAACGACAGUGCUGCUGGGCUCAAAUGUGCUCAUGAAGGAAGCCAAAUACUAUCCGCGACCAGAUGAGUUUCUGCCGGAACGCUGGCUCAGGGAUCCGGAGACCGGCAAGAAGAUGCAGGUCAGCCCCUUCACCUUCGUGCCCUUCGGCUUUGGACCACGCAUGUGCAUUGGCAAGCGAGUGGUGGACCUGGAAAUGGAGAGCACCGUGGCCAAGUUGAUUCGCAACUUCCACGUGGAGUUCAACCGCGAUGCCAGCCGGCCAUUCAAGACCAUGUUCGUCAUGGAACCGGCCAUUGCGUUCCCCUUCAAAUUCACGGACGUCGAGCAAUGAUUCGCUGCUUAUCCAUGACCCUUACUUGUGUUCCUUAUAGUUACGAUUUUUGAUUACAAUAAAUGUGUUUUGUCCGAUGAGCUCCAG